UUCUUCUAAUUCAUUUUUUCCACAAAUCUAGGAACUUGCUGGAGAAGUCCCCCGUGGAGAGUCCUUUUAAUGGGGCUACGACACCGACGGAUCAUGAGUAGAUGGAUGGAUUGUAGGGGGAAUAAAGUGUUCGACUUUUGACUGACUGACUUGCAAAUUGCAAUACAAGAGUUGUGGUGGUAGAGAAGGAAAGAAUUCAGAGAUUCAAAGCUGUUCCAGUUUAAAGUCAUAUCUGCUCUUUAAAGAAGGCCAAAGAGAGAGAAGGAAAAAAAAAAAAAAAAAAAGCGAGAGAGAAAGGAGAAGGAACCAUUCUAUAAUUGCUGGGAGGCAAGAUUGGCUUAACUUGCAUCAAGAACCGCUGGUUCGAGUGGGUUACGUUCAAAUUAAAGAGGUAAGUAGCCUAAGCUUGUAUGUGUAACAACCAAUGUGUUUAUGUAGUUUUAUUGAUGCUUCUGAUGUAAUGAAUAUUUAGUUUGUAAUGGCCACUCCCGGUUAUUUUUCUUACAAGGAGAAAGCAGUACCUUCAGAGCCACACGAAAGGUCCAACAUGGACACAGUUCAAGGCGUGUAUAACCUUCAGCUAGGUUCUUAUUGGGUGGAGGGGAAACUUUGGCGUUGUGAUAAAAGAUUAUGAUUCUUACCUACUAGGCAUUACAAAUCCAUACCAGACAUAGUUUCUCCGUAAUGCAAAUGCAAGACAUAUAUCGACGUUGGAGGCUGGGAUCCUGCAAUGCUGGCAGGAUCCUAUACAGGGUGAUUUUCUUAAUUCUUUUAGGUCACUGGCUGCUAGCUACUUUUUUAGAAAAUUUAUAUUUGGAAAGUCCUCCCCAAUUUGAUACAUCAUUCAAGCGAUCACAUUUACUUUGGCAUGAUGCACACGACCCUGAAUACAUCCGUAAUUUGCCCCUCUUAAGGGCUAUAGAUACAGGUGACUGGGAGACUGCCAAGAACUUUCUUGAUAAUAACCCCGAGGCGCUAACUGCCAGCCUUACGUCGGAUGAGGACAAUGCUCUUCAUGUUGCAGUUCUAGCUGGAAAUGUAGAUAUUGUUGAAGAGUUAGUGAAUCGGUUAUCUUCAAAAAGCUUGGAAGUGAAAAACCAAAAAGAAUCUACAGCUUUGAACUAUGCUGCAAUGGGAGGUAUCAAAGUAAUUGCUGAGCACUUGAUCAGAAAGAAUCAAAAUUUGAUUACAAUCUGCAACGGUAAUGAUCAAAUCCCAGUUGUUGUGGCUUCUCUAUAUGGUCAUAAAGAUAUGGUGCGGUAUCUUUACGAGAAGACAGCAAAACAAUAUUUAACAGGCGCGAAUGGUGCUAUGCUUCUCACAACUUGUAUCAUGGGAGAUCUAUUUGAUAUUGCUUUGGAUCUUCUUCAACAUCAUCCAAGUUUGGCUGUCGAGCAAGAUACUGACGAGGAUACAGCCCCUGACGUGUUGGCUCAAAAGCCUUCUGCAUUUCCAAGUGGAACUACACUUAGAUUUUGGCAGCAUUGGAUAUAUUCACUUAUAUGUAUUCCGUCACAUCAAACUUUGCGCAACACUACUGGAGACAUUGAGAGGCUCCAUUCUGCAUCACCCAUUCGGAGGAACAUGAUUGCAGAAGGGCUUCCCAAGCUUAGGGAAACGUUUUGGCGGCACCUAAAAGAUUUUGUCCCAGCUAUCAAGUACCUUUAUGACUUGAAGUUGACUCAUGCCCAAGCCCAGAAAGUACUGUGCUGCAUUUGUGAAGAAAUAUUUACUCGUCCUGAGUCAGAGUUUGAGAAAAUGGGGGUAAAUAAAGCAGUAUUCAAUGCUGUUAAGCAUGGCAUUGUUGAGUUCAUAGAAGAGAUAAUUAAGCAAUGUCCUGAAAUUAUAUGGAGCAUUGAUGAACAUAAACGAGGUAUAUUUCUCUAUGCCACUGCAUGUCGUCAGGAAAAAAUAUUCAGCCUUAUAUAUCACCUGGGUGCCAAGAAGAGCUCAUUGGCAGAAAGUUGUGACGAGGAUCAAAAUACCAUUUUACAUCAAGCUGCACUAAUAGCACCAUCUUCUCAGCUUGAUCGUGUUUCGGGUGCAGCCCUUCAGAUGCAAAGGGAGCUUCAGUGGUUCAAGGAGGUGGAGCGUAUUGUGCAACCCAAGUAUAUGGAGAUGCUCAAUGGCGAAGAAAAAACACCUCGAGAACUUUUUACGGAGAAGCACAGGGAGCUAAAGAAAGAGGGGGAAGAAUGGAUGAAGAAGACAGCAGAAUCUAGCACUGUUGUGGCUGCGCUCAUUGCUACCAUAAUGUUUGCAGCGGCCUUCACCGUUCCUGGGGGUGACGAUGCUGGCACCGGUGAACCUCUAUAUUUGGAUAGAAACUCUUUCAUGGUUUUCAUUGUAUCCGACGCAAUGUCUUUGUUCGCUUCGUCGACUUCAUUGUUGAUGUUCUUGGGAAUCCUCACAACACGGUAUAGAGAAGAAGAUUUCCUCAUAUCUUUACCUACAAAAUUAAUAGUAGGUCUCUUCACCCUUUUCUUUUCUAUAGCAACUAUGAUGAUCACUUUCGGAGUCACCCUCGUUAUCAUGUUACGCAAUCGGGUACCUUGGGUUUCUUUUCCAAUUAUCUUACUUGGUAGCCUUCCUGUCACCAGUUUCGCAAUGCUACAGUUCCCACUCCUUGUUGAAAUUUUUUGGUCGACAUAUGGUCCUGGAAUUUUCGAUAAGCCAAAGAAGAGGUGGUUCAUGUCAGGAAAAAUGAAGAGAAGCUAGCGGUUCAACUGGACAGACCGAAUUUACCUAUUUAGUUAUGUAUUUGUUGCUUACACCUUUUUUUUUGAUAAUUGUAUCUGUUGCUUACUUAUUGAUGCAGAUUAAUUCCAAGUCUCUUAAUUUCUUUUAA